AUGUCGACGUGUCCGCAGUGCUACACGGGCACGUGCAAGCGCCACCGGGGCCAGGACCACGGCCGCUCCAUGGUCAAGAGCGCGAACGCCGAGUCGACGCUGCAGAAGAUGUACGAGCAGCUCGUGGGCUCCAAGCUGCAGAAGCUGCAGGCCGAGGCCGAGCGAGACCCGUCCAAGCAGCACACCAGGGACUUCCGCAAGCAGCUGGACGCGUCGCGCGACAAGUCGAUGAAGAAGUCGCACAAGUCGCGAUCCAAGCUGGCCAAGGCGGACGUGACGGGCAGCGGCCUGAACCCGCAGGCGCUGGCCGCCAUCUACGGCGCCGACUCGGACGACUCGGACCAGGAGGACGAGGAGCGCCGCAAGAGGCGGAAGAAGAAGCACAAGCACUCGUCGUCGUCCAGCAGGAAGAGGAAGCACAGGUCCAGCGACAGUGAGAGUGACUCGGACUCGGACUCGAGUGGCUACAGCAGCGACGACUCGCGCCGUCGACACAAGAGGUCUUCCAGGAAGCACAGCCACCACAAGAAGAGCCACAAGAAGAAGCACAAGCGCAGCAGGACCGACAGCGAGUAG